AUGUCGUCCAUCCUCCCCUUCACUCCCCCGGUUGUAAAACGUCUCCUGGGGUGGAAGAAGACUCCUGCAGGAAGCGGGGGUGCGGGUGGAGGAGGAGGGAUAGGAGGUGGAGGUGAGCAGAAUGGAGGAGGGCAGGAGGAGAAGUGGUGCGAGAAGGCGGUGAAGAGCCUGGUGAAGAAGCUGAAGAAGACGGGCCAGCUGGAGGAGCUGGAGAAAGCCAUCAGCACGCAGAACAGCAACACCAAGUGUGUCACCAUACCCAGUAAUUGCUCAGAUUUAUGGGGUCUAGGCUCAGGCCACACCAUAGAGCAGUGGGAUUCCUCAGGCAUGUAUGGAUAUCAAGACUAUAGCAGGUCGUUGGAUGGGCGUCUUCAGGUGUCCCACCGUAAAGGCUUGCCCCACGUCAUCUACUGUCGUCUUUGGCGAUGGCCUGACCUCCACAGCCACCAUGAGCUCAGGGCCAUCGACGCCUGCCAGUACGCAUUCAACCUCAAGAAAGACGAAGUGUGCGUCAACCCCUACCACUACCAGAGAGUGGAGACGCCUGUGCUGCCCCCGGUGCUGGUACCGCGUCACACCGAGAUCCUGCCCGAGCUGCCGCCAAUAGAUGACUACACACACUCCAUUCCGGAAAACACCAAUUUCCCAGCGGGCAUUGACCCUCCCAAUAACUACAUUCCAGAGACCCCUCCACCAGGCUACAUCAGUGAAGAUGGGGAGACAAGUGACCAGCAGAUGAAUCGAAGUAUGGAAUCAGGUUCACCAGCAGAGUUUUCACCUGGUACCCUUUCACCUGUCAAUCAUGGGCUGGAUCUCCAACCGAUUACCUACAGUGAGCCAGCGUUCUGGUGUUCGAUCGCUUACUAUGAGCUUAACCAGCGGGUUGGCGAGACCUUCCAUGCCUCCCAGCCCUCCUUAACCGUCGACGGGUUCACCGACCCGUCCAACUCCGAGCGGUUCUGCCUGGGCCUGCUGAGUAACGUCAACAGGAACGCCACUGUAGAAAUGACAAGGAGGCAUAUAGGUCGCGGUGUGCGGUUGUAUUACAUUGGAGGGGAGGUUUUUGCUGAAUGCCUCAGCGACAGCGCCAUCUUUGUCCAGAGCCCCAACUGCAAUCAGCGGUACGGCUGGCACCCUGCCACAGUUUGCAAGAUACCACCAGGUUGUAAUUUGAAAAUUUUUAACAACCAGGAGUUUGCUGCUCUGCUAGCCCAGUCAGUCAACCAGGGCUUUGAGGCGGUCUACCAGCUCACCAGGAUGUGCACCAUCAGGAUGAGUUUUGUUAAGGGCUGGGGAGCUGAGUACAGGCGACAGACAGUGACCAGCACCCCCUGUUGGAUUGAGCUACAUCUCAAUGGCCCGCUCCAGUGGUUGGACAAGGUACUGACCCAGAUGGGUUCACCCUCGGUCCGCUGUUCUAGCAUGUCCUAAACGGCACCCCAUUGACUUUAAAGCAAACUCAGACAAUGGAGGAAAGACCCUUGAUCUGAAGGACCAGACGAUAAUGUGACUUUUGUUUUGACUUUCAUGAAAUUUUGCCGUGAUGCCAUUAUGACCUUGAUCACCAUGGCAACCGGACAACAUCAGAUCAAAAGCGGGCUGGUGUCAAAACACCUCUGGACCAGUGUCCUCAUAAGGACCCAUCAAUUGCAGCAUCCAAAGGAUUUUGUGCUCCAUAUCAGAGGAAUGUUACCCCGGGCUAGACCACUCAUUUAUUCUUGGCUCUCGAGUGUUGUGCCAUGGAGAGUCCAUGUCUAUGAAUUUUUUCUGCCCAACCCAAGUCUGUGCUGGCUGGUUUUACUGAAUAGAAGUCCUCCAUAAACAUGGCUAUCCAGGACACAAGACUGGAAACCAAUGGCCAGAACCAGUGGUGGUUCAACCAUGUGACAUGGUGGGACUACCACUGGUGAAAACAGUCAACUGACAUACUUAAAACAGCAUGAAGUAUAAAUGAGUAAACAACUAGGGGACUCAGUGUUUUGCUCAAGGGCACUUCAAUAGGCCAUGUGACUUUUGUGGGGAUUGAAAAUUUGACCUUCAUUGGCACAGCCAGUUGUCCAGGCCACCUCUUUACACCUAACACCUCUGCACAAGGUUGAAAUACCGUCUACAUUGUUUGAAUUUUUUAGUAAAUCUCUAACCUUGGCUG